CAGACUGACGUCUGCAGAGGGCGGUUAGUUCGUGGAUUAUCACUUACUGAACAGCUCACAGGACAGACGACCACCGCAGGGUUGUGAUCGAGUAUAGCCAGGUGAUGUGUACAUGUACAAGACGUAUGUGGGCUCAGGGUUUUCACAGCAGCACAGGAUUUCCUCUCGGCAAUCUCUAAUCAGCUUAAGGGGGAUUUUAUUCCUGGAGCCUACAGUAGAAGCCAGGCCGUUCCCUGUGAAGAAGGAAGAUAAAUCAGUCUGGCUCAGCACCCCUGCUUUCCCUGCAAAUCUGCUUCAAGGAUCGAAGAGUUUUGGGAAGGACAGGCUCUCUGGUGGAGCGUACAGGAGGGCGACUACAGCCCUGUGGUCUUCAAGGGAGAGGCAUUAUCAUGACUAGACCCUUCCACCUGUGGGUAGGAAGGUUCUUGGGCAGUGUGAAGUCAGCCCUCACUGUGUACUAAUACACACUGCCGAGUUCAGGGUAAUUGGCACCACGGGGGCUCACUAAUUCAUCUGUAAUAAGGUCUACACGAAACAGAGCAAUUCAUCGUCAAGAGACGCCUUGUGAAAAUCUGUGUCAAGUGGUGCUUACAUUACUGUCCAGCUGAGGACAACUUUUUUUUUUUAUUCUAAUUUCUUAUUAACAGAUCGCUUUUAUCAUAGAGCUGAGGCGAGCCGAGAGAGACAAUGAAAGUUGCCGAGGGGCCAACAUGGCGUUUAUGAUAUACAAGAAGAAGCGGUUUAAGUUCCAAGUGAACUUUGAACUUGAGGAGCUCUCGUCCGUUCCCUUCGUCAGCGGAAUAUUGUUCGCCAAAGUCCGACUAUUGGAGGGUGGCAGUUUUACUGAACAUUCCAGCAGGGAUGAGGUGAAGGACCACUGUGUACGCUGGCAGUCCAAGUUUCUGUUCCAGUGUAAGCUGACCGCGAGCGCUCACACAGGUGUGCUGGAGCCAUGCAUGUGUCGGGUAUCUGUACGCAAGGAGCUGAAGGGAGGUCGGUCAUAUCAGAAGCUGGGUUAUGCAGACAUCAAUCUGGCCCAGUUUGCGGGAGCAGGAAUGAUGUCACGACGCUACCUGCUGGAGGGGUACGACUACAAACACAGGCAGGACAACUCCACGCUCAAAGUCACCAUUGACAUGUCACUAGUCUCGGGGGAUCCUGUCUUUAAAGUCCCCUCCAAUCAGAUUGGUGUGCGGAAAUCCGGGGACAUUGGGGAGGAGCUACAGCCUGAGGGUAAGGUGGAAGAGUGUAGUGAGGGGAGCCUGGCCUCCGGGAGCAGCGGCUUUGGCAGCCUGCCCAGGAAAGAUAAACCCAAUGUUAACGCACUGUCCUCAGGGUCGCAGUCAAGUAUACAAACCGACUCUGACAGACCUGUGAAGGAGAGCGCGAAAGACUUUGAGCUGGGCCAUUCUCGGAGUGCGAGCCAGGCGAGCCAGCAGUCCAGGGUGUCAGGCUAUGGGUCACUACCUCACAGCCGACAAUCCAGUGUGGGAGGGGACAUAACUCAUGGACACACGAGUCACCACACGAAUGUAAGUCCUAGUGUUGGUUCAGCGACCAGUGAUAUCAUCAAAGCUGAAAGACGACGGAAAUUUGAGGAAACUCUAAAGGAGCGUCGCGUAGAUGCAACUCGGGUGAACGCUGAGGAUUUGGUGGAACAACUGAUACAAGACACAGAUUUGGGCGCAGAUGAAGGCGAUGAGUCCUCUGGUCUUCAACUCUUAGUGGGUAAAGAUGGAACCACUGCCCUCAGGUAGUGAUCUGGGCAACUUUAACCAUGUAGCAACCUGCUGUCAACGGUACUGCUGUACAACUGUUGAUCAUUUGUAAUCUCCAUCCUCAUUGGACUAUAUCUGGACCAAUCAUGGAACCACAUACAUAGUCAUGGACUCAUUGUAGCACUGCCCUGUGUAAACCAAAUAGGAGGAUUUGUUCUGCUGUUUAAAGGGAGAAAUUCCUUGUCAAAAUGGAACUUUUAAAGAAAGCUGGAAAUAACUAGAUGUAGAUGCACAGUUGAGGUGCAUGCAGAUCAUGAGUUCAAAAAUUUGUUAUGAAAAUUGAAAUUAUAUACCAUGAAUUGUUGGGUUGGUGUGGAUUUUACAAACAGUUUACAUGUAUAUUUUUCAGAAUCAAGUAGUUAUUAACUUUGACCAUUUUUUGAAAUUCCCUUUCUGUCUGAACCAAUCGGAUUGUCUCUUUCUGUAUUUCCAAUCAGACCAAUGGUGUAUCUGUUUUUGAACCUUUUAAUCCCCAUGAAGUUAAUGUUACAGCUUGUAUGUGUGGCUCAAAUCUUGCUUAAAAUGACCAAUCACAGCAAAGUUUAAAAAUUUUGCUCUUUUAAUUAAUCAUACAAAAUCAGUCACAGUGCAAUUUUCAGUAAAAAUUCUUAUUUUAUUCAGGUUUUUUUUUAUUCUUUUGUAACAUCCAUAGAUCCAAGCUGUGUGUAAUCAGUUUUUUCUGCUUUUAAGCUCAGUUUUUGUUUUUGUUUUUUUUCUUUUUUUUUUGUUGAGGACCAGGUUUAUCAUAACUUAACACAUACUAACUGCUGAUGCACUGUGUUUUCUUUCAUUAAUGUUCUUUUGUCAUGUAUUUUUUGGCCUUGUGCUACAAAUGUAACACCUUUGUUUCACAUUGUGUACGUGUAUGUAGGUAUUGCUCAUUCUGCUGGAAAGCUUAGAAGUCAGCAAGAAGUCAGCCAUACAUAUACCUGCAGUUUGACCCUUCCCAAUCAGUAUCAUAUACAAAACUCUUCGCUACUCAGCGUGAUGCUGGUUAAGUUAAUAAUGAAUAUACAUAAGACAAUCGGACGUUGUGCAUUUGUUUGACCUCCCUCUGUAUAUAACCAU